AUGUCGGCCAGCAAUGAUAUCUACCAGACACCCCUCAACUCGCGAUAUGCGAGCACUGAGAUGAAAUAUCUCUUUUCUCCUCGAAAGCGAUUCUCGACAUGGAGACAACUAUGGCUGUGGCUGGCGCAGUCCGAGAAAGAACUGGGUCUUCCCAUCUCCGACGAGGCGAUCGAGCAGAUGAAGGCGCAUACCAUCAUCCAAGACGACGAAUUCCAAGUUGCGGCUGAAGAAGAGAAGCGAAGAAGACAUGACGUGAUGGCACAUGUCCACGCCUUCGGUCAGGUUGCACCAGCAGCUGCUGGCAUCAUCCACUGGGGAGCCACCUCGUGCUACUGUACCGACAACGCAGACCUUAUUAUCCUUCGCGAGGGCCUCGAUAUUUUGAUUCCGAAGCUGGCGGUUGUUAUCGACAAGCUUACAAACUUUGCUAGAGAAUACAAGGACCUGCCGUGUCUGGGUUUCACUCACGGACAGCCGGCGCAGCUGGUGACCGUUGGAAAGAGAGCUUGUCUCUGGAUCCAGGAUCUGCUGAUGGAUCUGAGGAACUUGGAACGGGCGCGCAAUGACCUGCGCUUCCGUGGUGUCAAGGGUACUACCGGUACUCAGGCCUCUUUCCUCCAGAUCUUCAAGGGUGACCACGACAAGGUGGAGCGAUUGGACGAGCUGGUGACCGAGAAGGCUGGUUUCGAGUCUGCUUUUAUCAUCUCCAGUCAGACGUACUCUCGUAAGAUUGAUGUCGAUGUCGGAAAUGCUCUGGGCUCCUUCGGAGCCACUUGCGAGCGCAUUGGUAUCGAUAUCCGCCAUUUGGCCAUGCUGAAGGAGCUUGAGGAACCUUUUGAGAAGGACCAAAUCGGCAGCAGUGCGAUGGCUUACAAGCGCAACCCGAUGCGAUCGGAACGUCUUUGCUCUCUGGGAAGACACCUCCAGAACCUUCCGAAGGAUGCCAUUGACACCUACUCUGCACAGUGGUUUGAGCGCUCGCUGGACGACAGCGCUAUCAGACGUAUCAGCUUGCCUGAAUUGUACCUCUCUGCAGAUGCUUGUCUCAUCCUUUUGAACAACGUCACCUCCGGUUUUGUUGUGUAUCCUCAAGUGAUCAAGCGACGUGUCAACGAUGAACUUCCUUUCAUGGCCACUGAAAACAUUAUCAUGGCCUGUGUUGCCAAGGGUCUUUCCCGACAGGACGCUCACGAGGAGAUUCGCGUCCUCUCUCACCAGGCUGCAGACAACGUCAAGAAGCACGGCGGAAACAACGACCUGAUCGAGCGUAUUCGCCGUACCAAAUUCUUCGAGCCGAUCCUCGACGAGCUGGACGCCCUCCUUGAGCCCAGCACCUUCGUCGGACGUGCUCCUCAGCAGGUCGAGAAGUUCACCUCAACCGAAGUCCGUGCUGCGCUGAAGCCGUACGAGGCGCACCUGGCUAAAGCAGAGGUCGCCGACCUGCACGUCUAA